GUAACCAGUGCUGCGCUGGUUGCGAUGGAAGGGGUACAAGGCAAUGUCAUUUCACAAAAGUACAUUCUUGAGUAAACCUUAGAAUGAUUGAAUGUGGCAGCCAAAGAUUUUUUGAGUCCAUUAUAGAAAGCAGCCGAGUUACCUAAAAAUAGAGUGGUAAUUGGCUGCGCACUAAGAGAAGAAAGGAAAAGAAAUUGCAAAAAAAAAUCAGCAUCCAGGAUGUUCGCUGUUGUUCACGUCGAGUGAGCAGGACGCCUUAGUGAAGGCUUCCGUGCUACGUUCAUCUCUUUCGAAUGCGAGGGCCGGCGUACACCGAGAAGAAGAACAGUGCUUCCUGGGGCACGCGUUUGCACCGUUUCGCCUGAUAGUAACGCCGAAGAGCCUCGUCGGAGUGUCGUCAACAGAAGUUAUCUGUUGGAGUUUCACUGGUUCGAAUUCAGCGUUUUUUGAGGAGGUUUUUUUCAACACGCAUUUGCGCCAGGACGGCUUGCCCGCGGAGCAACAGGAACUCACGGCCACGGCGGAGCUGCGUGGGCGCGCCGGUGCGGCUUUGGGGAAUGGGAGUGAAGCCGUCGUAGGAGAUGUUGUGCCGAUGGACAAAAAAGCUAAUGCACCAGCGUUUCACAUGCCAGCAGGAACUAUGAAGAGGUCGCAGGCCUCGCCCGAACAAAGCAUGUUGCCAGCGCCUGCGGUGAGCGACACUACGAAUCUGUUAGUCGAGGACGAUCACGGAACAUCGCGCACGAACUCAUUUUUGCGUAUGCAGGAAAGUAAGGGCGAAGGUACCAGAGCCACAGGGAGCAGGAGCAAUAGGGGAGGCGCUGCAGCGGGGGGAUUCAUGUUCUACCCCGGUGCUGCGUCCAAGGACCAGACGGAUCCGCAGUUGCUUGAGAGUCAAAUAUUGUGCAACACGCUAGAACAGGCCAGCGAGAUGGUCGAGCCAGGACAAAAGCAGUCAUACUCGAGCGA